GUACAGACAGUGGAGGCAGUGCAAGCUGCUCAUGUAUUGCUCAGCAUGACAGACAAUGAUUUUAAGCUCCUUGUGAAAAGGUUUUAUGAAUUACAAGCUGAACGUGUGGAGACGUAUCAUCUUUUUGAUGAGGGGCAUCAGGCAUACAUGAAAUCUGGCCCACACUAUGACUUUAUCCAAUAUCGGAUGCUGGUGCAUGAGAUCACACAGGCUUUCAAUGGCAUCAGCAAAGAGAUUAUCCAGAUGAAGGAUCGGUUUCGGGAGGUAUAUGAUAGGUCUGAUCUCUCAGAACAUCUAGACAAAAUUCAAGAGCUGGAGAAGGAAAAAUUAUCAUUGACAGCUAGACUGCAGUUAGCCAAACAGAAUGUCCAAGACCACCCCAGUCAGGAGUCCUACAAAGAGGAGGUGCAGCAACUAAAACAUAAGAUAAUUAAAACCGUGGAAGCAAUCAGUGAAGUACUGCAAGAUUUCAAGUACGAUUGUGAAGAAAUACAAUGACGUCACCCUCUUUGGAAGGCACAGAGAGAAAACGGGGCCCAGUCCGGACCAAUUCUUUGAAUCUGCAUUAUAACAGACCCAUUUCUGUUUCAUCUUCUGCCCUCUGGGGUGACAUUCUGGUUGUUUAUCUGUAGGUGCUUCUGCUUUCCAACCAUGGCAAGAAAUGUCUUUUAUUGCACGGCAUCUUCUAUCCAUUUGCACUUGGGUCUUAAUCUUCAGUUCUUUUCAAUAAAUGUUUUUAUAGGGUAUGUGUAAAAUGCCUUAUGAUCUGUUUCCAGUGAGACAAUCUUAUUUUUCUCUUUGUUGCCAAAAAAUAAGGUUGCUCCCACAGUAAAAUUUUGUUUUUGUACACUUCAAGGAAACCUGUAGUAAGAGAAAUGU